UCUCGUAUCACUUCGGACUAGUCCGUGUGUAAUCGCAAUACCCGAAACCUAUUUCGCGAAGUUGCUUCUUUUAUCGAACAAUGGAGACAAUGCUUGGGCGCGUUUUUGUAUAUGGGGGCAAGGGUGCUUUAGGCUCGGCUUGUGUUUCAAAAUUCAAGUCAAAAAAUUGGUGGGUUGGCUCUAUCGACAUGAAAGCAAAUGCUGAGGCUGAUGCAAAUAUUGUUGUAAAGCCAGAUUGCAACUGGCAGGAGCAAGAAACUCACAUUUUGCAAGAAGUUAAAAACAUUCUGAAAGAAGACAAACUAGAUGCAAUUAUCUGCGUUGCUGGUGGAUGGGCUGGUGGAAAUGCAGCCAAUAAAGAUUUUGUUAAGAAUACUGAUCUCAUGUGGAAGCAAAGCGUAUGGAGCUCGGUCAUUGCUGCCAGCAUUGCUUCCCAUCAUUUGAAGGAAGGCGGAUUCUUGUCAUUAACUGGUGCUAAAGCAGCAUUAGAAGAGACACCAGGCAUGAUUGGAUAUGGAAUGGCUAAGGCUGCAGUUCAUCAGCUUACCAAGUCAUUAGCGGCUAAAGACAGUGGAUUACCAAAAGAUUCAUUAGUUGCUUCUAUCUUACCCAUUACAUUAGAUACUCCCAUGAAUAGAAAGUGGAUGCCUAAAGCCGACACAUCUAAAUGGACACCGCUUGAAUUUGUCGCAGACCUCUUUUGGAAAUGGUCUCAAAAGCAGGAACGCCCAACUAAUGGCAGUCUUCUGCAAUUGAUUACCAAUGAUAAUAAAACAGAAGUAACUGCGGCUUGAAACUAAUGUUCUACUCUCUGGACCAGGAAUCACAUCGUUGCUACCAUGACAAUAUAUAUCUAUUCAAUGUUGACAUUUAAUAAUCUAAUUUUAUUCCAUAUUAAUGCAUUUCUGAACACAGGUGCUAUGUUCAUUCCACUAUACAGAUACGUAUGAAAGUUCUUAUGCAAUUUGAUAUUAUUUACGAGAAAAUUGAAAUACGUCUCGUACUGUUUUUGAGAUUUAUUUUUAUACAAAUGUAAUAUAUUAUACUACGUAAAAUAUAUUGUAACUUAUGUGAACAAAUAAAUAAAUAUCAAGAAUUACCAGCAUGAUUA